AUGGGGAUGUAGUUAGGACUGAGCCAGAUGCUCUUAGGGAGAUGAGUCUUUGGAACUGGUUACUUUAUCUGUCAAAAGGUAUGCUAUGGUGACUUCAAGAGUUCUUGUUACAAGUUAGCUUAUUUCCAGGACUUGUCUAGACGUGUGGGCUUUCAGGAGGCCCGCCAAGCUUGUGAAUUUGAUGGUGGGUCUUUACUGAGCUUGGAAAGUGAAGCUGAACAGCAACUAAUAGAAAAGAUGUUACAAAACCUCACUAAAUCAGGCACUGGGAUUUCUGAUGGUGAUUUCUGGAUUGGGUUGUGGAGAAGCAGCGAUGGACUAGCUACCUCAAGUGCUUGCCCUGACCUCUACCAGUGGGCUGAUGGAAGUAUUUCACCAUUCAGAAAUUGGUAUACAGAUGAACCUUCCUGUGGAAGUGAAGCCUGUGUUGUGAUGUAUCAUCAGCCAACUGCAAACCCUGGUCUGGGAGGGCCAUACCUUUAUCAAUGGAACGAUGAUAGAUGUAACAUGAAGCACAAUUUUAUCUGCAAGUAUGGUCCAGAUAUUUUUCCAACAGUGCCCGCAGGAAAUCCUUAUGACACAAGCAAACCAGAAGAUCAGUAUCAUGUUAUUGCUACUGAAACAGGUAUAAUUCCGAAUCUAAUUUAUGUCGUAAUACCCACUAUACCACUAUUGCUGUUGAUACUGGUGGCUUUUGGGACUUGCUGUUUCCAGAUGCUUCAUAAAAGUAAAGGAAGAACAAAAACUAGUCCAAACCAGUCCACACUAUGGAUUUCAAAGACGCCUAGGAAGGACAGUAGCAUGGAGGUAUAAUGACUUACUGACUGAAAACAAAGCAAAAAUAACAUUCUGCAGUCAGGCUGUAUUAUGUUGUCAAAGAACAUUAGCUUGGAAUGGCUUGAAAAUGCAAAGGAUCUACAAGAAUGAACUGUAAGCUCCCCCUUGAGGCAAAUGUUCAGAUCAUUUUUAUAUAAUGUUUGAUUAUUAAUUCAGUAACGAAAUAUGCCAUGCUAAAUAAAGGGUAUGUGUUUAUUUUGCUAAGAGAUGUAAGUUAGCUAGUUGUGAGCAAUGAAAUGAACAGAGUGUUUGAAGUUUUUAUGGGGAAAUAGCUACAAUGUAUAUCAGUUUUAAGACUGUUUGUAGUUAAACAAACCCUGUUUGUUUCCUUUAGUCUUUCAUGCAUUGUAACCUGGUUGAUGUACUGUAAAUGGAAUUGACAAUUUUACAGUGUAACAAUUAUUUAUCUUUGCAUAAAUAUUUGAUAC